AUGUUAUCAAAGGAUGAACAAAAGUAUGAGCCAAUCAUUUCUCAUAUGAGAAGAAUGAUGAUUUGCUACAUUCAUGAAGUUGCAAAAAUGGAUGUGGAAAUAGCUUCUAUGUUAAAGAAAAGGCCAGUUGUGAAACUUGGAGAAGAACCGAUGGACUUCCCAAAGAGGAAGUUGGGUAAGAUUAGGAAAGAAGAUUGGAGCGUGAUGUAUCAAAGAAAAGAGGGUGAAAAAGUUCAGCAAAUUUUGUUCUUUUUAUUAGACAAACAUUUAUACUACACUGCUGCACUGAACAACAUCAUGGGCUUAACUGUAGCAUGCAAAACAAACGAUGAUGCGAAUCUGAAAGGAUUCAAUGGCAUGAUCAAGUGGUAUCUUGUGAUCAAAAAUACCCUUUUGAAUUUAAUGACCAAGUUGUUCAAGGUUCAGAAGAAACAACAAUGA